AUGGCUGCAGUUGGGAAGCCUCUUCUGUUCGGAUAUUUCCGCAGCUCCUGCACAUGGAGAGUUCGUAUCGCUCUGGCCCUGAAAGGCAUUGAGUACGAUCAGCAUCCUGUCAACCUUAUCAAAGAUGGCGGCCAACAGCUGGCUGAUGAAUACAAACGGGUGAACCCCAUGCUGCAAGUUCCAGCGCUGAGGAUCGAUGGCGUCACCUUGAGCCAAUCGCUUGCAAUCAUCGAAUACCUGGAGGAGACCCGACCCAGUCCAGCCCUGCUUCCACGAGACCCCGUUCAGAGAGCGCGGUGCCGGAUAAUCAGUGACCAUAUAACAUCUGGGAUCCAGCCGCUGCAGAACCUGGCUGUCCUGAAGAGAGUGGGAGAAGGGAGCCAAGAAUGGGCGCAGCAUUUCAUCAGACGCGGCUUCCAAGCUCUGGAGCAGCUCCUGCAGGAAACAGCCGGACGGUACUGCGUGGGAGAUGAGGUGACAAUGGCUGAUCUAUGUCUGGUCCCGCAGGUGGCCAAUGCAGACAGGUUUAAGGUGGAUAUGUCACCAUAUCCUACAAUUUCCAGAAUUAACCAAUCGCUGAUGGAGCUGGAGACCUUUCAGGUCAGCCACCCAUCCCGGCAGCCCGAUACCCCUCCAGAGCUCAAAGCCUAA